AUGAAUAAGGAAGUGUGUGAAAAGUUCAAGAAUGUAAGGGAAUGGUUACCACAUGAAUUGAUUGAAGGAAAUAAUACAAAUAUUGAUGAAAAUUUGAAAAAAUAUUGUGAUAAAGGAUUAUGUGAAGAUUCUUUCGAAAAAAUUAAUGCUGGAUGUUUAUAUUUGUUUGAUGCGUUAUUUGGGAGUUCUCAAUUGUUUAAUUCUGUUGCAAAAGGAAACACCAAUAUUGUUGAUUACAUUUUGAUAUGGUUAAGUUAUAUGUUAAACCUUACCAAAAAUGAAGAAAGUGCCAGUAUAGAGCCUUUUUAUAAAGCAUAUAUAAAUACUGAUAAGAAGUAUAACAAUAAAAUAGGUAAUGUUACUGCUUAUAAUAGUUAUAAGGAUCUUAUAGAUAAAAAAGAAGAUUUUAUUAGUAUUUAUGUUAAAGAUAUGUCUAAAUUUUAUGAUGCAUUUGUAUUAUUAUGUUAUAUAUAUAUUAAGGUUAAUGAAGAAGGCCUAAAUUGCUAUAGUUUUUCGGAAAUAGCUAAUGAUUUUGCUAAAAAAUAUGAUGAGCUUAAUGAAAAUUAUAAUAAUGGUAAAGAUAGUCCCUAUAAUCAAUUAUUAUCUACAUUAUCAAAUGAUUAUUGUAAUUUAAAAAAUAAAUGUAAUCAAUUUCCAACUCUUCCAACAUAUUCACGAAGAUUCGUAAUAAAAAGGACACUAAUUCCAAUUGCAUUUAUGCUUGUUGCAUUAUCAAUUUUCUUGGGAAUUGAAUAUAAGUAUUCGUCACUUGGAUUUCGGAAACGAUCUCAAAAACAAUGUUUAAGAGAAAAAAUAAAAAAUAUAAUGAAGAAAAUGAUUCAUUAA